UUUGGGACAAGUGUACUUGGCUUCGUUGGCUCCGCAAACUUCGCACUUUCCCAGACGUGUACUGUAAAAUAAAAAGAAGCAAUUAGUUGGAAAAUAUAAAAUAGUGUUGGCAGUAUUGAAGGAACAUGAAGAAAAUGUAAAUCAAGGGGAACCACCACCUCUGCCACUAAACCUAUUAGACGACUGUCUUAUCUACAACUUAUACUGUCAUUGUGUAUAGCUUUGCUACUUCUGCUUCAAGUUUGGUUAAAAUGUUCAUGCAGUUUAUUUCACGCUCAGUCAGAAGUUCGCGUUUAACAUUGGAUAUGCUUAGAAAAAACAGCAUAAGUAAUGGCACAGCAAUACCCCCUGGGAAAGCUUCAUUCAAAGGUACAGAAGCUACAGAUACUGAGGAAUACGAGAUGGCGAUUCAAAAACUGAAUACACUUCAAUCGAAUGCCGCAAGUAUUCGCGAGUCUAUUACGAAUAAGAAAAUGUUGACAAACUUAAAUGAUACCAUAAAAUAUCUGAAUCGGAGUGGGCUUUCCUUGGAAGAGUUGGAUAAACUUUCUGUGAUACAUGUUUCAGGAACUAAAGGCAAGGGCUCUACUUGCGCUCUCUCAGAAUCAAUUUUAAGAGAAUAUGGCGUUCGAACUGGAUUCUUUAGUUCACCCCAUUUGGUUUCAGUUACCGAACGUAUACGAAUAAAUGGAGAAGCAAUAUCCAAGAAAAAAUUCACACAAUAUUUUUGGAAAAUUUUCAACAGACUUGAAAAACACAAAGACACAGACAACGACCUGCCCGCAUAUUUUAAGUUUUUAACCAUUUUAUGUUUUCAUGUGUUUUUAGAGGAGAAAGUAGAUGUGGCUAUAUUGGAAGUUGGGAUUGGUGGUGAAUACGAUUCAACAAAUGUUGUAAGAAAUACAUCAAUAGCUGGCAUAACAUCUCUUGGAUUGGAACAUACCAAUAUAUUGGGUGAUACUAUAGAAGAAAUCACCAUUCAGAAAGCUGGUAUUAUAAAAGAUUUUUCAAAUUUGUACACGAAUGUCAAACAACAAGUUUGUUUAGAUAUUCUCAGAAAUAAAGCAAAUCAAAAGAAUGCUAAAAUAAUACAAGUUCCUGAAAUCACAGAAUAUCAUUGGCCUAAAGGAGUCACAGCAGAAAGCUUAAAUAAAAUAGUCCAAUUAAAUGGAUCACUUGCAAUUCAGUUGGCAUACAAUUGGCUUAAAAAGUCUGGAACCCAAAAUCUCAAUGGCCUCUCCGCUGAAAUUAAAUCCGAUGACAUUAUUUUGUCAAUUUCUGAUCGAGUAAUCAAAGCCUUUGACAAUUGCCUCUGGCCUGGACGUUUACAAAUUAUGAAUUUUUAUAAUCUAAGAAUUCAUUUGGAUGGAGCUCACACCCUAGAAAGUAUGGAAAUAUGCGGAGACUGGUUUCGAUCUGUCACCAAAAAAAGCUAUAAGAACCCCAAAAUUUUAAUAUUCAAUGCAACUGGAGAACGUGACUCGAUGGCUAUGUUGACCAUUUUGUCCAAUCGAGCUAACUUCAAUGAUGCAUUUUUCGUUCCAAAUAUACCAUUUACACUAAAUGCUGUUGGUGAUAUUCAUUCUGUGUACGGUCAUACGGACCAGAUACGAAAAGCUGAAUCUCAUGCGUCGAACUGGAGGAAAUUAACAGAGAGCGAUGGAAUCCAUCGAGGAGGAGAAGGUCGAGUUUUUGGAACUAUUUUAGAAGCCUUUUUGCAGUUGCAGAAGAAAUUUGAAAACACACAAGUUGAUGUUCUGGUCACAGGCUCCAUACAUUUGCUUGGAGCAACGAUCUUAGCUCUCGAGGAAUUCGAAAAACAGAUUAUUGAAAAUAAAAUUGAAGCCGAAAAAUAAAUUUAACUUUAAAAAUA